AUGACGCAGGGCAACACCAACCCCGCUUCGCAGCCCGUCUCGCCUCCGGUCGCUCCCGCUCCACGCCCCUCCCAGAGCAGCAACCACGGCCACCACAACGACCUCGAAAAGGUCACCACCAACAAAUCGUACCGCUCUCAGCGCUCCUUCAGGUCCGAACGCACCGCUGCCGACGGCACACCGGCGUACGAGGGUGGUAUCCCCCCCGAGCGUGUCGCUUCGGUCCGGUCCCACAUGUCCAUGCCCGUUGUGUCCCUGUUCGGCGGUGUCGCACCUAGUGGCCUGGACGCCGAGGAGGGUCUCGUUCCCGUCCGUUCUAGGGAGGAAGAAUUUGAUCGCGAGCUGGCAAGGGAGGAGAAGGGUCCCGACCCCUGGGCAGUCAAGUUUGAAGCUGGCGAGCAGAUCAAUCCCAAGAAUUGGUCCACCAAAUUCCGCUGGUAUCUAACCGGCCUCGGCGGUCUCCUCGUCCUCAACUCGACCUUUGCCUCUUCGGCGCCUUCCGGUGUGACGGCGAGCGUCAUGAAGGAAUUCAAUAUCAGCACUGAAGUUGCUAUUCUGUGCAUCUCGCUCUUCGUCGCCGGAUACUGUCUUGGUCCUCUACUGUGGGGCCCUCUGUCUGAGACAUACGGUCGUCGUCCCAUCUUCAUUGGCGCCUUCAUUGUCUAUGUCGGCAUGCAGGUGGGCUGUGCGCUCGCACCCAACGUCGGUGCACUCCUCGCCUUCCGUUUCUUGGGCGGAACCUUCGCCGCCGCACCCUUGACCAACUCUGGUGCCCUCCUCGCCGAUAUCUGGGACGGCGACCACCGUGGCCAGGCAAUGGCUCUUUUUGGUCUUGCUCCCUUUGCCGGUCCCUCGAUCGGUCCCAUCGUCUCGGGCUUUAUCGAGGUGGCAGGUGUCGACUGGCGCUGGGUCUACUGGAUCUUGACCAUGUUCGCGGGCGCGUGCUUUUUCCUCAUCAUCUUCACCCUUCCCGAGACGUACGCGCCGAUUAUCCUUGCCAAGAAGGCCAAGCGCCUGCGCAAGGAAACCGGCGAGGACCGCUGGUAUGCCCCCAUUGAGCGCAAGCAGACCGAUUUCAGGACCCGUCUCAACGACAUUGUCUUCAAGCCCUUUAUCAUGCUCGCCCUCGAGCCCAUGCUCCUCGUCACUACCAUCUACAUGUCGUUCGUGUACGGCGUCGUCUACCUCCUCUUCGAGGCCUACCCUUUCGUGUUCGUCGACAUUCACCACUUCAACACUGGCGAGAACGGUCUGGCCUUCCUUGGAUUCUUCUCGGGCGGUGCGAUCUGCACUCUCUUCUACAUGACCGUCAUUGAGACUCGCUACCAGAAACACUGCAAGGCAAUUGCACCCGAAAGUCCCGCCCCCGAGAAGCGUCUCGAACUGUGUAUCAUCUGUGGCUGGGCGCUCGCCAUCGCCAUGUUCUGGUUUGGCUGGACCGCGUACCCUGACAUUCACUGGAUCUCGCCCGUCAUCGCCGGCGGCUUCAUCGGUAUUGGUGUGCUCGGCAUGUUUGUGUCCCUCUUCAACUACAUUAUCGACGUAUACCUCUGGUCCGCGGCAUCUGCGCUGGCGGCUUCGACCGUUUGUCGCUCGAGUUUCGGUGCCGGCUUCCCCCUGUUUGCAAACCAGCUCUAUGAGCGCUUGGGCGUCCACUGGGCCUCGUCUCUCCUGGGCUUUAUCGCACUCAUCCUCGCCCCCGUGCCGCUCCUCUUGAUGAAGUAUGGCCCCUACCUGAGGUCAAAGUCGAGGUUCGUUCCCGUGGUCUGA